AUGGACAGUGUUCGGUUAGCGAAGUUGUUUCGAGAUCUAGAAGAGCUAGAAGCCGCUGCUGAGAAAGUAGUAAGUUCUCAAGAAAAGUGCAAGUUGUAUGAAAUGAAUCGGAGGAAGUCCCAGGAAGCUUUAAACCGGCUGAAUGACAGCCAUUCUCCAAAUGUCGUCUGGGCUUGCCUUUCCCAUCAAUUUUUCAAGGUCCCUAAGGAUGGUCUUAAAACUGCCAUUAAAUCAGAUAUGAAUACUUUGACCACCGAAAUCAGCUCUCUUCGAAACGAUAUUAAACGUGACCUGGAGGAUCUACGAAAACUUGAAGGGAAGGAUCCUUUGAAGGGCUUCAACUUGAAGCCUCUCACCAGAGAUGAAGAUCAGGUCAUUCCAAAGCCGCCACAAGAUAAAUCGCACAGGCGGUAUAAUCCGCUAACUCAGGAGUGGGUGGUUGUCUCCCCGAACCGCAUCAAUCGACCUUGGGCAGGAGCUGUUGAGAAGACAUCACCCGUUUCUGCUGGCGAUCCUACUUCCCAGGUAUCUGAGGAUUCCGCGAAGCCCAAUGCUUUGGCCCCCGGCUCAACGCGUUCCAGCGGAGUGGUGAAUCCCUUCUAUGAGAGCACAUUUACCUUUCCCAACGACUUUCCUGCCUUCUCGGCACGUUUGGGAGAGGCGGAAGGAGAUUUGUCGGAGGACGCAAGAAAGGCGCAAUCAGCGGAUCCUCUGUUUGCUUGGGCUCCUGCCACAGGGGAGUGCUACGUGACCUGCUUUCAUCCCCGUCCUGACCUCACCCUCGCUCUUAUGACCCACGAGGAAGUUAUCAAGGUCAUUGAGGAGUGGGCCCGUCUCACUCGUCAAUGCGCUGAUCGCGGGUUUCAGUGGAUUCAGAUAUUUGAAAACCGCGGCGAGAUUAUGGGGUGCUCGAAUCCCCAUCCACAUUGUCAGGCGAGCGAAUCUGCAUGGGUAAGUGACUUUAUUCCCACACGAGCCCUGCGUAGUGAUUACGGUCAGGAGGACUACUACUCCCGUCAUGGGAGUCUCCUACUUCUCGACUACGUAAAACGCGAGUUAGCCGCAAAUGAACGCAUCGUGGUGACCAAUGCUGAUUGGGUAGUCCUCGUGCCCUGGUGGGCGGCGUGGCCCUUCGAGUGCCUCAUACUUCCACUUCGACGUCAUAUCUGUCGACUGGACGAACUGACUCCUGAAGAGCAAUCUACACUAGCCGAUGUCAUGUCGCGCAUUUUGGUCGCCUAUGACAAUCUCUUUAAAACAAGCUCACCCUACUCCUUCGGAUGGUAUCAGGCCCCACUGCAGUUAUCUCAGAAGGCUGUCUACUGGCAGCUGCAUGGAAUUUACCUGCCUCCGCUUCUACGCUCUGCCACAGUGAAGAAACACAUGGUGGGAUAUGAACUCUUGGCUGAAGUACAACGUGACCUGACGCCGGAAAGAGCAGCUCAUUUACUGCGUGACGCUGCAGCACGAGAACAUUAUUCCAAACCACAGCAGCGAUAG